AGAAAAUAAUUUCUGAUUUUUGGCGUAUGAUUUGGCAACAGAAGAUUGAGAAAAUAGUCAUGCUUACAAAUCUCUUUGAAUUUGGAACGCUGAAGUGUCUUCAGUAUUGGCCAGAAGAUAUAAAGGGUGUGUGCAAACACGGUGGUGUUCUUAUCAAGUAUGUCGGCAUCAAGGAAACAUUCGACUACAAUAUCAGAUCACUUGAAAUCACAAAGGAUGGCGAUACCAGGGGCCUCAAGCAGUUCCAUUUCAAGUCCUGGCCUGAUAACGACGUUCCAGAUACAACGUGGAGUCUAGUGGAUUUUUGGAGAGCUGUUGCUAAGUGCAACGAUACCAGCACAUCCCCCAUUCUUGUUCAUUGCAGUUCGGGUGUUGGCCGCAGCGGAACUUUUAUCGCUCUGGACAACUUGAUUGCACAAGCAAAGAUUGAAAACUGCGUCAGACCUCUCUACGUGGUUGAUGCUUUACGGCAACAAAGAGUGAACAUGGUCCAAACAAAGGAACAGUACAAAUACCUGCAUGAAGCUUUGGCAGAAGCCCUACUGAUUGGUACGCAUCACUGGGUUACCAGGCAGUUUGAAAGUGUCUACAACUUUAUGAUUGGAAAAGACAUUGAGUCGUCGAAGACACGAAUCGAGCAGCAGUUCGAAUUGAUAACCAAAAGUGCAGAUUACGCUAGGGGACAGAACGCAGCAAUUGCAACUGGACUAGUAUAUGACCAUAUUGUGACUCAAAACGAAGCCAUGAUUAUGAAGGCGACGGAAUCUAAGCCGCAGUGUAUUGUCUUAUCAGCACUUGGAGAGAGCAGAGCGUUUAUAGCAUUGACUUCCUUACGUGAUAACACUGCAGAAAAUACCUGGUCUCUUGUUGGGAAGAAGGGAUGUAAAACAAUGAUCGAGUUUUCAAAUCGUUCGGACGGAUCGCUUAAGGUAACAUACACACUACCCAUAUCUUAA